AAUGGCUGCCACAAAGGCAAAUGUAAUUGGAAAGGCCAUAUUGUAGUUCUUCGAGAUAAACUAAUUAAUCUAUGUAACAUCGAGUGCCAUGGUAACCAUGAUCCUGAACAUAUUAGAAAAAAGCAAUAUCGAAUAGCAAAGGUAAUAAGAAAGGAAAUCACAAAUAGAUCUACAAAUGUAACGCCAUCAACUUUAGCAACAGAAUUCAUAAAUGAUGCUAAGAUUUCUAGUAUAACUACUAAUACUUACGAAACUGAAGGUGUUAUAAUAUCAAAACAAUAUGGCAUUAAGAACUCCCAAGAUCCCAAAGAGCAAGCUGUUCUUCUUGGCAUCGCAUCAUCAAUUAUGCCAAUGCUAUUGACCAAAUAUUCAGAUCUUCUUGUAGUAGAUUCUACUGGCCAUCAUAACUGUUUAAACUUUCUAAAUACAGCCUUUAUGAUCAGAUCGGAUGAGCCUCGUGGUCGAAUUAUAGCAACAUUUAUAAGUAACAAAGAAACGAUACUGGUUGUUGAUCUGAUGUUCGAAUCAUUAAUUCAAUAUACUGCUAAGAAUAAUAUUAAACUGAAUCCUAAGUGGUUAACUAUAGACAAAUGGGACCCUUAUCUCGUGGUGGCUAAAAAACACUUUCCAAAUACACAGGAAGAAUUUGAUCAGAGAAAAUCUACUAUUUUAGAUGCAGAAAAACUCCAAGCUGCUAUUGGAACUUUAAAGUUAAAUACCGCAAAAGCUAUUACAUCUUAUUUCUGA